UUCUCAAAGCGUCUGCGUGUCAUGGCGUCCUCCUUGAAGGGGGCUGGAUUCACCACUUCAUAAUAUUUGCUAUAUUUUACAUUCCCACGAUCAGCUGCGCGUCUUGAACACAUUUGAAGGAUAUAAUUGCACAAAAUGGGGACUGUGCACGCAAGGAGUAUGGACUCUUAUCCCAUGUAUGGGCGAGACAUGGGCGUUAACCCAGUAGAUGAUAUGGAGGUGAUGAAGGCGGAGCAAGAAAAUAAGCAGGAGAUUUUAGAAAAUAAAGAUGUUGUUGUUCAACAUGUCAACAUUGCAGGACUAGGCAGAACCAAAGAAGAUUACUUGGGCUUUGAGAUCUCAGAUGUCUUCACUGCUAGGAACCUGGUGGAAGUGAUGAAAAAAUCCCAUGAGGCCAGACAGAAGUUACUCCGUCUUGGCAUAUUUAAGGACGUAGAGGUGGUGAUCGAUAUCUCAGAAGGUGCAGAUGCGCUGCCAAAUGGGCUUGAUGUUACAUUCGAGGUGACUGAGCUUAAGCGACUUACUGGCAGCUACAACACGAUGGUCGGAAACAAUGAAGGCAGUAUGGUGCUGGGUGUUAAGCUUCCCAACAUAAUUGGCAGAGGAGAGAGACUCACGUUCCAGUUCUCCUAUGGCACUAAGGAAACAUCUUAUGGCCUCUCAUUCUUUAAACCCCAGCCAGGAUAUUAUGAGCGCAAUUUCACGCUGAAUCUGUACAAAGUCACAGGCCAGUUUCCCUGGAGCUCGCUGAAGGAGACGGACAGGGGCGUUUCCACAGAGCUCAAUUUUCCUCUAUGGAUGACGGAUCACACUUUGAAAUGGGAAGGUGUUUGGCGUGAACUCGGGUGUUUGGCUCGCAGUGCCUCAUUUGCCGUGAGGGAAGAAAGCGGACACACUCUUAAAUCUGCCCUUUCUCACACUAUGGUUAUAGACACAAGAAACUCUUCCAUCUUGCCCCGAAAAGGUGCCUUACUGCGGAUCAAUCAGGAACUGGCAGGAUACACGGGUGGCGAUGCCAGCUUUCUAAAGGAGGACUUUGAGUUACAACUUAACAAACCUUUUAUAUGGGGUUCUGUAUUAUCUGCCUCCUUGUGGGGAGGAAUGAUCUUUCCUCUUGGGAGUCAACCUAUAUCCAUUGCUGACAGGUUCUACCUGGGCGGUCCAACAAGUGUGAGAGGCUUUGGCAUGUACAGUAUAGGCCCUCAAAGUGAAGGUGAUUAUCUGGGUGGGGAUGCGUAUUGGGCUGGUGGGCUCCACCUGUACACACCCCUCCCCUUCCGCUCGACCCGCGGUGGCCUAGCUGACCUCUUCAGAACGCACUUCUUCCUUAAUGCUGGAAACCUUUGCAACCUUAACUACGGAGAUGGACCACGUGCACAUCUACAAAAGCUAGCAGAAUGUAUCCGAUGGUCAUACGGUGCAGGAAUAAUUCUACGACUGGGAAACAUUGCUAGGCUUGAACUCAAUUACUGCUUUCCCAUGAGUGUUCAAGGCGGAGAUAGGAUAUGCGAUGGUGUGCAGUUCGGUGCAGGCAUCCGUUUCCUGUGAAUAUCUCUGCUGCUGUCCUUGUUCGGAAGCAGGGGGAUUUCUUUUGUAAUAUUUUUGAAUGUUAAACACAGGUAAUAGUUUCUCAUGCAUGCGCACUCUAAGAAUACACUUUUUUUUGUAUAGAAAUCGAACGGUGACAGAUGUCUUUAUUACGAAAAAAUAUUGAUUUUCAGAGUUCAGAGUACACAGGUUUGCUGAGUUGGGCAAACUUGUACAGUUGUUUACAGCAUGGUGAAACUGGAAAACUUUUAAAAAUUAGUCACAGUCCAGCGUGGUACCAUACUCGUGCCAUAGCACCCUUUUGAUUUAUUUAUUAAUAUUGGGUAUAGUAAAUGUUGUGCAAUGGAAAAUAGGGUUACACUUCAUAAUAAGGAUCUAUGUAUCAUAAUAAACUAAGACAUACAUGUAUUUUUACUUAGACAUGAACUAAUGCUGAGUUAAGGCAUGUACUGAUCAUAAACUAACGAAGAGUCAUCAUUAAGUAAGAGAUGUUUUUUAGUUAAUGUAUUAAUUAACAAUGCAUUCAUGUGUUAAGUCAUGUUGUAGUUAAUGACGACUCUUCAUUAGUUUAUGAUCAGUAGCCUACAUGCCUUAACUCAGUAUUACUUCAUAUUUAAGUUAGAAUUCAUUUAGGUAUUAGUUCUUCAUGAUUCAUGGACCCUUAUUAUAAGUGUAACUGAAAAUAGCAAUCCUACUUUUUUGUGAUUCCCACCACAAAUCACACUCUGGCUACUCCUGGACACAUCCACAUUUUUAGAUAGAAUAUAAUAAUUAAUAAUGGAUUAUUCAGAUGUUCAAACGUUUGUUCACAAUAUUGCUUAAAUGUUGAGUUUAAUCUGUAGCCAUGUGACUAUAAGCACCUUUUCUGCUUUAAAUAUGAUAAUUUUGUGUUUGAAUGAGUCAUCAUCUCUGAUGCCAAACCUAGUAAAUGAAUCAAUUUCGACUGUACUGUCCGUGAGUCGACGUUAAAGUUCCUUCAUGAGUCCACCAGCAGUGCUCUUAUUGUCAGGGUGAUUUUUAUUUUUGUCAGAACUUUAUUGUAAUGUAACAUUGUGCACAAAAAAUAAACUAUUUGGUUCCCUGUUA